AUGGAGGCUUCCACCAUUUCCCUCUUCCUAACACUUUCCCUCAUCGCUGCCACCGCUGCCGGACAGAACUCGACAGAGACACAGGGCUUCCUGGACGCCCACAACCUCGCUCGGGCGGAGGUGGGCGUCCAGCCCCUCGUGUGGAACGACACUGUCGCCGACUACGCCGUCAGCUACGCCAACAACUGCACUCUGGAGAAGUCCGGGGGGCCGUACGGGGAGAACCUGGCGACCGGGGAGGGGCAGUUUACGGGGGAGGAUGCGGUAAGCAUUUGGGUGAGCGAGGGGCAGAACUAUUCCUCCUCCUCCAACACCUGCAACGGAGUGUCGUGCGAGCAGUACACGCAGGUUGUGUGGCGCGACUCAACUCAAUUAGGCUGCGCGCUGCUGGAGUGCUCUAAUCUCAUCUUCGCCAUCUGUUGCUAUUAUCCGCCGGGAAAUAUUGCCGGCCAAACCCCCUUUUAGCUACUCUUCCUACAUGGAGUAUUCAUUUGCUCAAUUUCCGAAAAAAAAAAUAUUCUCUCUUCUUUUAAUCUCAUUGUUGGUUUGUUGGCUAUGGUUAAAAACAAUGUCACAUGUGUAUUGUCUGUUUAUGUAAUUUCAAAACUAUUUUACGAUGGCUUAAA